CUCCUCUUCCUGUCCAGGGCGGCUGAUGAAACUGAAAGUGCUUCUGCUGCAGCUGGGUUUUUUUUUUUUUUCACCUUCAGUCCUGUGAACACCACGGGGGGGUGAAUCCGGUCGGGGGGUGGAAAACCCUGGGCCCUGGGUAAAGCAUGAACGGAAGAGUGGAUUAUCUGGUCACGGAAGAAGAGAUCAACCUUUUCAGGGGACCCUCAGGGCUGGGCUUCAACAUCGUCGGAGGGACAGAUCAACAAUAUGUAUCCAAUGACACUGGCAUCUACGUCAGCCGGAUCAAAGAGGAUGGGGCUGCCGCCCAGGAUGGGCGGCUCCAGGAGGGUGAUAAGAUCCUCUCGGUGAAUGGUCAAGACCUGAAGAAUUUGCUGCAUCAGGAUGCUGUGGACCUCUUCCGAAAUGCCGGUUAUGCCGUGUCACUCAAAGUGCAACACAGGGUCCAGGUGCAGAACGGACCCUUGGGUCAUCGAGGGGAAGGGGAACCAAGUGGCAUCCCGGUCGCCAUGGUGCUGGUGCCAUUGUUGGUUGUUGCCAUGGCCGCAGCCUGGGCCAUCAUGAGAUAUCGGCAGCGGCUGUGAUAAAAGUUUGUUUCCCUCCAGUGCACCCCGAUGAAGAUCUUACUUUCUCCCUCUCUCUGUCUACCUACCUGUCCACCUUGUACAGAGCCACCACAUGAUUUAAAGAGAAGGAAUGGACUGUUCUGUUCUGGACUGAUGUUGAGAAGGGCUUGUCCAACUACUGAAAAAGUUGUCAUUGUUCUGAUGAGGGGUGGAGGGAAGUGGGAAAUUGGUUGGCAAGCUAAAGGAGAGAGUUGCUGGGGAUGGGAGAGAUGUAUAUUUCAGUAGGGUAACCAGCAGUUCAGCCUCUGGCUUUGUCCCCUGCCAGGAAAAUCUUGCCCACCCAGUCACCCCAGAUGAUGCCCUUUUCUCUUGCCUGGCCUGUUUCAAGGCCAGUUGUGCGAAUUGAGAGAAAGAGAAGGGAUUUUUCUUUCUUUAUUGGUUUUACUUGGGAACUCUUUGUGGUCCUCAUUUUCUUCCUAACUACAAACCUAGGUGCCUACAUUGAACAAAGGAGAAUGAGGGGGCCAUUUUCACCAUUGAAAAAUGUGAUAGUAAAUGCCUUAUGGAAAAUUAAAGAGACAAAGCUACUUUGUGGUUUCUAGGUUUUGAAUGCUAGGGCUUUCACUUAACUGAAGAUAUAAAUACAGUCCUACACAGUGAGAGAGCGCUAUGGGAGGGGCCUGGGCCUAGGGAGGGAUGAAGCUAAAGGAACUAAAGAGAUUUCUCAGGGAAAAUAUUUUUUCCCAUGAUAGUAUAUGAGGGAGGUCCCCUCACCCCCAAUUUAAGUAGGCACUUUAAAAAACUUUGCAAAAGUAAAGUCCAAGAUUCUACAUUGAAGAAUUUUACAAUUUAUAAAACAUUAGGUGUCUCCCUCCCCCACAGAGUACACCUAACUUCACAUGUACCCUUCUUCCCCACCUGCCUUUCCCUCAGUUGUUUAUCUCUCGCUAUUCCCAUACCCGUAACUGUGACUGAGUACCCUCUGCCCUGUUCUUCUGGUCUCUGUAUAUUUUGAGUCCAGGCCCCCAGAAUGUUUGGUGCACAGUUGCCUGUUUAGAGGCUGCUCUGAGCCCAGAUGAUGUCCUUACGAAUACUGAGCUGAAAAUUGACAUCCAGUUUUGCUAGGUCAGAAGUAUCCAGGAUGAUUCUGGGCAGAAUUCCUCAGAGUAGGCAGGGGCUAAAGGGGGCCUCUCCCCAGGUCCUUUCUCUCCUUCCUCUUAUCUUGGUUGAUAUUUGUUGUACUGGGUGAAAACACAGCACUUGGUUCAGUUUGCCAUUCUCUGCUCCAACAACGUUAAAUUCCAGGUCUCGUGUUGUUGCUAUAGCCAGUACCUCCAGCUACACAAAGGUCUUUGAAUUCUAAGGGUUAACCUAAUUGGAUGCUGGGCUACUAAAAAUGGACCUUUUCAUACUGUGAGCUCCUAUGAGAGAAAGUUAUCUGGGUAGGUAGUAUAAUUGGGUUAGGUGUGUACUGAUGCUCGUCAACCAGACUACUGGGAGCCACAGACAGAAGUUGGAAAUCUGCAGGAAAUCGAUUCUCUCCAAUGCACAAGUACCUGUUAAGAACCAUGGCUGAAGGCUGUUAAGACCCAGGCUGAAGCCUUUCAGCCUGGCUAUAUCUCUCCUUCAGGCCACCUACAACACUGUCCCACAGAGAGAACUUGCCUGAAGGGCAGUUCAACAACCCAGAAAGGAUGAGGAGGGGAGCCAAGGUAGGGUCCAAACCAAAGGGGAUGUGGUGGAACAGCCAUUUCCUGUGUGGGUGGGAUGAUGGAUCUAGGAUUUGAUCAGUGUUUGUAUUUCCUCCAAGUGCAUUCAUUUUUACCCUCUCAUGUGGUUUUCCCCUGUUUAUUCACCCAGCUCACUCAAGGUCUGUCUCCUGCUGCUGUACUGUCUCUAGGGUGCCACUUGUUCCCCCUUAGUCUUUCCAUCUACAUAUGUCUUAUCACUAUGUGGCCAACUCUCCUCCCUUUCUGUUAAUAUGUGCAUAUGGUGUAGUGUGUCCCAUGUGGGCUACAUUAGUAACCCCAUGUCUGUCUUAUGCCUAUCCUGCAUCUUUCUGUCACUCUUUGCAUUAUUUGUUAAUUCUUCUGAAAGUGUGCUGUUCAUUGAUAUUCAUCCUCUAGGAUUGCUGGGAGAAUGUGAGUGUUAAAGAGAUGGGUUUUAUUGGCGCUGAGCCCUUGGUUUUAUAGAAGUCCACCCCAGUUUUCCAGAUCUGAUCUUAUCCAACCUCAUCUUCUCAAUAUGGGGUUCAGCUCAUUUUCUGUCUCUAAGGCUUGUCCAGAUAUGCAUAUUGAUUUCCAUCCAGCUGGUCGUGACAGAUUGGGCAAUAUGCCGCCUUCUUCUACUCUGUUUUUUCUCAGUGUGGAUGAUUAGGGCAAUCUCCUUCACCUUGCUAUGAAGGCUUUAUAGUGUUUGAGGGCUCCAUGCAAUAGUGGAGUGCGAAUAAUUGCAUUGUAAUAAUUGUUUCUAAAUAUAUAUAUGUACAUAUAUAUAUAAUGCCAGAAAAUUCUGCUCUUUAAA